AUGUCAGAUUUGCAUAAAGCAUUCUUACGAAAGAUUCGGGAAAAAGAAGCGACUCUUGGUUUGGGUCUGCUAGCUGAUGAAGGAACAAAUGGAAUACCCAAAGAGGCAAAUAUAUUCAGUUUAAAAGACCAUACAGAGGAAAACAUUGGCUUGGGUCUGCACCGGAACCGGAGACUGGGCAUUAGCAACAACAACAACGGCAACAACUGUAAGGGAAAAGCAGAAGACAUUGAAAUUAUCAGUCGUUAUAAAGAAGUCAAGGAAUCGUUUUUUGAGCAUGAAAUUAUUUAUAAAAACAAUCGGCAGUUCAAGAUAUACCAAAGAAUAGCCAAAAACCCCAAAGUAUUAUUAUUCUGUCAUCAUGGAGCAGGCUCCUCAUCUAUGACAUUUGCUCAACUAGCACAGUACAUUACAAAAGGCAAAAACGACAAGAACCACUUUAACUCGAGCACCAACGCCAACAACAAGGACGAGAAUAACGAUGAAGAUGAUACCAUAAGCUUAUUUUUAUUUGACAUGCGAGGGCACGGGGAUUCACUGCCGCAGAUAGAUUAUUCUUUAAUAUCACUUGUACUGGAUGCAAGGGAACUUUUGGAAGAGGCAUUGGUUCGAAACAACUUCCAGUCCGUGUUUCUUUUGGGCCAUUCUUUAGGUGGUGCCGUGUUGGCAAAACUCGCAAGAAGUUUUCCCAAUGCUGAUUUUAUUAAGGGACUUGUUUUAUUGGACAUUGUUGAGGAGACAGCAGUCACGUCACUAAACAACAUGCCCAAAUUUCUUGAUCGUAUUCCACCAAGUUUCCCUUCAAUAAGUAUGGCCGUUGACUGGCAUUUACAAUCAUUGUUACAUAACAAAGAUUCUGCCAAAAUUUCCGUUCCAGACCUUUUACAUCUUGACUCAUUGACAUGGAAAGCUGAUUUGAAAUCUACUGCACCAUUUUGGCAAACUUGGUUUCUAAACUUGUCCCAAAACUUUCUUGACUUUAGUGGCGCCAAAUUGUUAAUAUUGUCUACUCACGAAACGCUAGACAAGCCACUAAUGAUUGGCCAGAUGCAAGGAAAGUAUCAAUUGGUUGUUUUCGGACAUAAAAGCGAUGUUGGCCAUUUUGUCCAUGAAGAUGUACCGCAACAGGUUGCUACGUGUAUUAUCGAUUAUAUUAGGAAAACAGUCGAACCUGAGAAGUUCAUGGCGCAAGAGAUGGGAUUUGUUCCAAAGUGGGGAGGAAACAUUAAUCAAUAA